AUGGCAGACAACGUCGAGGCUGUUCUCAGCAAAAUCCGCCCUCACACCUCGUCUGCUCUCGCUCACCAAAAGGCUCCCGCUACUCUCCUUCGGGCGAUCGAGGCCACUUUCCGCGAACAAAAUACUGAGCCUUCUGCGACCGCCUACUUUGCCACUCUCCUCACCACUCUCGAUGGUGCGCUUCAAUCCUCUGGCGCAUCAGGGCCCGCUAUGGGCGAGGCGGACGUCGUUCCCGCCGUGCUCUACCUCCUGGCUGCAGUGGUUCCGUGCGUUCCCCAUCCGGUCAUCCGCUCAAAUCUCCCUACCACCCUCUCGUUGACUUCACCGCUCUUCUCUGCCCUAUCAACGUUUGCGCCUCCUCUGCGCUCUCAAAUCACGCUCUACGGUGCUGUUCUCCAUGCUCUCGAUCGGUCGGACUUAGAUGUUCAGGGUCUCCGGCAGGCCUUCAUGACUAUUCUUCAGUUCACUCUUGAUCCUCGACCAAAGGUGAGGAAGAAGGCUGCAGAAGUAGUGAAGGAUGUUCUCUCCGCACCUCCCCUCCCAAUGGCCAAGCACCCGUACGCGGAGAAGGUCGCGGAAUGGGUCAAAGCUGCCCUCACUGAAAUCAGUUCCGGAGGGAUCCCCAAAUUCAAGGGCAAGAAGGCGGAUACGGAGGGCUCUGAAGCCGCUGUCCAUCUACUCGCUUUCCUGCGACCCGUGCUCCCAACCUUGCCUACGGAGUCUCUAUCGUCGAUCACGUCGUCGUUGCUCCUUCUCCCUCGUCUGGGGAACCCAUACCUGUCCCAAUCAGCGUAUUCCAUUCUCUCUGACCUCCUCACUCUCUCGCUGGAUGAUCCCACCGUCGAUCUCGCCUCUCACAUGUCCGAACUCUUGAAGGUUAUCCUUUCUAGUCCGCCGAUCAAGAGCGACGUCGCUCUCAAUGCCGCCUGGGCGACUGUUCUCGGGAAUACCAUGCUUGCUUACCACCACGCCAAUGCCGACGAGUGCGUCUUGCAGGUAAACAAGGUGUGGAAGGCGCUGUGGAACCUCCUCGAGUCCUCCGAGGCCGCAACCCGGAAGGCCGCCGGACAAGCUCUGGCAAACUUGGGCAAGUGCUUCACGCCCGCUACCAUCAAGGCUGCGGUGAAGGAGAAAGACUCGGAUGAGCCGAAGAACCCGAUCCGGAAGAUCAUCUUCCAGACCUCGGCGGCGCUCGACUCUCUGACCUAUGCUCGUGCGAUACCGGAUGUCUUGUCGGUGGUAUCUUCCCUCAUUGAGAACCUACGCUUCCGGAAUGGCUCUAGGAAAAACAGCACAGCCGCGGAGCAGCUCAUGCUCCCCCUGAUCACGAAGAUCGCCGACUUGAGGGUACAGAAGACGUUCGAGCACAAGGAAGCUGCUGAUGCGACGCUGGGUACCGCUGUGCGGAUAAUGGGCCCCGAAGUUGUCCUCCGCGCUCUACCACUGAACCUGGAGACUGUAGACAGGCAGGCCGGCCGUGAACCACGAGCAUAUCUUCUGCCUUUGCUUGCGCAGCCUCACUCCUCACCACUGGGGCAUUUUGUGAACUACUUCGUACCCUUGACCGAGCGCAUGUUCGACCUGCAGACAACGGCGGAAGCCGAGGGUCGUCAGUCGGAGGCGAAGGUCUGGAGUGUGCUCGUGGAGCAGAUCUGGAUGGGAUUGCCUGGGUACUGCUGGGGAACUGUCGACCUCAAACAGUCUCUUACUGCCCAGUUCUCUCAGCUCCUCUCACAGCUGCUCUAUGGCCAGCCUACCCUCCGUCCUCCGGUACUACGUGCACUCAAGAUCAUGGUUGAUUCCAAUGUAGCACUCGCAAGCGGAGACGCUGCGAAGAUCGCAAAGCUUCCCCAACACGUUCGCGUUGACCCGAUCUCUGAGGCGGAUGCGGAGGCGAACAUCGCUUUCUUGCGGACGCAGGCGGAAAGCUGGCUUGCCGUGCUCUUCAACGUGUUCGGUAGUGUUGGGAGAGACAACCAGGCAAUGGUCGGAGAUGUUGUCGGUGCGUGGAUCGCGAUCGCGGAUCCGAAGGAAGUUACGCAGGCGUAUCACAAGCUGGUCACCCUCUUUGACCAGAACCUGUCCAGGGCGAAGAAUAUCUCGGCGCCCUCGGCGAACAAGGGUCCGUCGGCGGACUCGAUGACCGUCGUCACACAGGACCUGCUGCUGCUCAUCCUCCCCUACCUGUCCUCCGAGGACGCGACUGCACUGCUCAACUUGUACCUCACCACCGAGGUUCUCGAAAGCCGAGACAAUGGCGUGCAGAAGCGUGGCUACAAGACCCUCGCACGGCUCGUGGAGAGUGGAAAGACUCAGUUGGACGCCGCGGCGGUGUUCAAGACGCUCGAGAGCUUGGUGGACGGCCUCGCCGCGGCCGCAAAGAAGGACAGGUUCCAUCUCCUGACUGCGGUCGUGCGGCUCAUCCCGUCCGAGUCGCUGCAUCUUAUUCCCUCCGUCAUUCCUGAGGCCGUCCUGGGCACGAAGGAGCCGUCGGAGAAGGCGCGGAACGCUGCCUUUGACCUGAUCGUGGCGAUGGGCAAGAAGAUGUCUGCCGGAGGUGUAGUGAAGCGUGACCAGGUUGAGGGGAUGGAGGAAGAUGACGCACCUGUAGAUGCGACCGCGAACAUCGAGGAGUACAUGACGAUGAUUGCAGGUGGUUUGGCCGGUGCCUCGCCGCACAUGAUCAGCGCUACGGUGACCGCUAUCUCCCGCCUUGUCUUCGAGUUCAGAGAAUCGAUCUCGUCGGCGAUGCAGACGGAGAUCUUCGUCACCAUCCUCGUCCUCGUCGGCUCCGCGAACCGCGAGAUCGUCAAGUCCGCGCUUGGGUUCGUCAAGCUCGCCAUUCACACGCUGCCUGCCGAGCUCUUGCGACCGCACCUGAAGGACAUCGUGCCCACGCUCCUGCGGUGGUCCCACGACCACAAGAACCACUUCAAGGCGAAGGUACGGCAUAUUUUCGAACGCCUGCUCAGGCGCUUCGGAUGGGAGGACGUGUACGCGUGUGCGCAGGAGGAGGAGGCGCGGGGCGUGCUUGUGAAUAUCAAGAAGCGCAAGGACAGGGCGAAGCGGAAGCGCGCGAAUGCGCCCCAAGAGGACGACGACGUGCCGAAGGCGAAGGCCAUCGCAGGCGAUGCGUUCGAGGACGUCUUGUAUGGAAGCGAGAGCGAGCUUGACGAUAGCGACGACGAGGAUGCGCCCGCGCAGAAUGCCGCGCCCAAGCGGAAGGGCAAGGACGCCGGCGCCCGGCUCCGCAUCGACAACGACGAGCCGAUGGACCUUCUUUCCGGAGCGGCCUCAGGCGUCACCACUGCGAACGCUGGGAAGCGGAGAAAGCCUGGACAGGACGCCGCCCGCUUCAAGGACGACGAUGCAGGCAAGAUGGUCAUCGACGACGGCUCCGACGAGGAGGCUGCUGCGGGUGCAGACGUUGUCGCGGGCGAUGCCUACCGCGAGAGCCUAACUUCCGUGGACGGCUUCACGCGGGGACCCAACGGGAAGGUAAAGUUCAACAAGGACACGAAGAAGCGACGGCGCGAGGCGGACGAGGCGGAGGAUGUCGAGAUGGCAGACGCGGAGGCUGGCCAGAAGGCGGGUAAGAAGAGCAAGAAGAGGACAGACCCCAAGUUUGGACAUGAGUUCAAGGCGAAGAAAGCAGGAGGGGACGUCAAAAAGAACGGCGUGGAUCCAUACGCGUACAUGCCGCUUUCGCAGGCUGCGAAGAAACAAAAUCGGGGCUCCCGGGUCGGUAUCGCCGGCAAGCGGUAAACGUUGUAGUCACAUCCCAUCUCUGUACGCCAUGUUUUCCCAUAGAUUCCGGAUUCACACUCUUGGUUAUCGCGUGC